AUGAGUAUCUCCUUUGUACCACGAACGAGCUUCCCAAAUUACAAUAUACCCUUGUCUAACUUCAAGGGUCAUCAUCAUAAGGCGCUUUUGAAAUUGGGUCAUCUUGCACCGCAAUUGGAUCUAAUUCUAGAAGUGCGAGAUAGCCGUGCACCAAUUGCAACAACCAAUGUCUUGUUUGACAAACUUCUAGCUUCAAAGAGGAAACUCAUCUUGUAUAGUAAAAAAGAUUUAUCUAUUCUCAAGCCAAAAGUACUACAGCGGUGGCACGGUGCCAAGAAUGAAGACUAUAUGUUUAUUGAUUGUCGUAGUCGUCGCGAUUGCAAAAGGAUUAUUGAUGAGAUAAACAAGAUAUAUAACGGAAUUGAAGACAAACCACCCUUGGGCUUGCGACUGAUUAUUAUUGGUAUGCCAAACGUUGGUAAAUCAACUUUGGUCAAUACAAUGCGAGAAGUGGGCUUAAGAGACCCAGAGCAGAAGGAUGCGAUAUCCACCAAGAUCCGUAAAGUGGCCAAAACCGGAGGUCAACCAGGCGUAACACGUUCUACAAGUGAGAUCAUUAGAUUGUCGCGUGAUCCCGAUUUGAUGGUGUAUGAUACCCCGGGUAUUUUUUUACCUACAGUGAAAGAUGCCGAGACGAUGUUGACAUUGGGCUUGAUUGGAUGUGUGCAUGACUCCUUCAUAGAUCCGGUAAUUUUGGCUGAUUACCUUUUAUUUGUCUUGAAUUUACAAGACCCAUCAGGAAAACUUUAUUCAGCUUAUAUGGAUAGGCCCACCAAUGAUAUCUACGAGCUUAUGUACAACAUUGCAAAGAAGAGAAACACAUUGAAAAAAGAUGGAAGUUAUGAUGAGCUAGGAAUAGCUAUCCAUUGGGUUAAUCUCUGGAAACAGGCAAAGUCGAAGCAAUACAAAGGUCUUUUUGAUUUGACGGCAAUCAUGGAGCUGGAUGAAGAAAAAUUUUCAGACGUCAUUAAUUUGGAACGUGAGCGGAUUGGGUUAACAAAAGUUAAUCAGAAAUUGGUUGAUAGUUUUGGUUCUGAUGGAUUGUCUAAAUCAUCUCAUAGGAAAAGAACAGGCAAAGACCGCGAAGCCGAUAUGAAAAACAGAUUAUUUAAACUUUGA